AUGUUCUUCACUCCAGGGAGGCUCUUCACGGCCUUGCUGGGUGCCACCUCUCCUUUCUUCAUCAACCCAGUUACGGCUUUCACCAACUCGAUUCGAAGUCCGGGCGGCAGUGACCCACAAAUCGUUUACACAGGUGGAUAUUACUAUCUUAUGUCCACCACGUGGUCAAACGUGCAGAUCGCGCGGGCGACCACGAUUGAGGGUCUGAAGACGGCCACGCGGAAGACCGUGUACAGCUCGACCGAAGCAAGCCGCUGUUGUAGUGUCUGGGCCCCCGAGACGCACUACCUCAACGGGUCGUGGUAUAUCUACUUUACAGCAGGAAAGUCUGAAAAUCUUGAAGGGCAGAAUUUGCACGCUCUAAAGGGCGGUGCUACACCCUGGGAUGACUUCACAUACGUCGCAAAACUCACCACUGAAUGGGCCAUUGAUGGAACAAUCGUCAGGUUUAACGGAUGGGGAAACUACCUUGCAUCCUCGUGCAUGCACGGAGUGAAAAACCAGUCGAUAUGUAUGCAGAAGCUAGGAGACGACAACGUCUCUGUUAAAGGAAGCAUCGGGGUCAUCUCGCAGCCGACGAACUCAUGGGAACAGAGUGGCACCCCCGUCAACGAGGGACCAGCAGCGUUGUACCUCAACGGAAAGACAUACAUCGCCUACUCGGCUAACUACUGCUGGACGCCUGACUACUGCAUCGCGACGCUCGAAUGGGACGGCAAGACAGACCCGCUGUCUCCUUCAGCCUGGACUAAAUCUAAUGGGUGUCUGCUCAAGGGCGGUGUCAAUGGCCACUACGGCACCGGCCAUAACUCUUUCUUCCAGAGCCCCGAUGGCUCUCAGACUUGGAAUGUCUACCAUGCUACCUCGAAUAGUGCUGGUAGCUGCAAUGAUAGCCGCUAUACGAUGGUUCAGCUUGUAAACACCAACGCGGAUGGAUCUCUCAACUUUGGGACACCUGUUGCUUUGAGUUAUGAUUCUGCGGAGCCAGCGAAAUAG